CAACGAAGGGCGAUUGCGAUAUAAUAGCCUACUAGUUCUAACAGCAUAGAAAACGUUUACCCAGAGUCGUUAUCGCCGUCAUCACUUGACACCCUCCUCAUGGGUCCCUAUCUCACCCCUAAAGACGUGAAAGGCCGAUGUCUCUCACCACAGACUAAACUCGAUAUUGACGACGGUCUUCAUGAUUUAGAGCAUGAUAUUUAUCCUGAUAUCACCAACUUUUGCGAGCGCUAUGACGGUUACACUCCAGUUAUCAAGGCUUUUAUCAAGGACAGCAAUGCCACCCUCACUCUAUUUUCAAAUGUCGAGAUCCUCGCAUAUACCAUACACGAUGGAUUCAGAAUCAACAUGACUGCGGAUACGUACGUAACCUAUUGGUGUAGCUGGCAGAAUUGUGGCCUGUUAAGAGCCACAUCUGAGUUACUAACAACGUGGAAUCGACAUGGGAGAACACCAACCCUCCCGGCGCCGGCGCUGAAUAUCUUGGCGUCUUACAUCCCGCCAGGAGGUCUUUUCGGCUAUAGCUGAACUGACCCCCACACUCGCCGGAUGCCCUUCAACGACGUCGCCAAGACAAGCCGGCUCCUAUCAAAUCAGAUCUAUCCCCCGAGUUACAUGGAGGGCCGUGGGCUGUGCCAACUAG